UUUUUGAACUGCGCACUUUUCUACCUACAUUCGAUAUAAACAUUACCACGUGCUAACCGACGUCAGUGCAACUCUUCACUCUCACCGGCACGCAUCGUGUCGUCGUAUAUGUGAUUUAAGUGCGACUUUGGUGUUAAUUAUAGUUGAUUAGUGCUCGGUGAAAGAAAUGUCUGCGAAAGCGGGGAAACGGCCGUUGAGGUCCCUGACGGCCCACGAGAAGCUCGACGCCAUCCGUCGCGUUCACGACGGCGAAAGCAAGGCCUCGGUCGCGAGGGACAUCGGCGUGCCGGAAUCCACUCUCAGGGGAUGGUGCAAGAACGAGGACAAAAUUUCCUAUCUCUCCCGACAAUCCAGUCCCGAAACCGACGAGUCGUUGGAGCACAAAGACAAAAGGAUCAAGCUCGACGAUUCGAUUAUGCAACCGUUCAAUUUGAGCCUGAAACCGCCGGGCGCUUCUGCGACGUUUUCUCCCAACUCCGACUACGGCAAAAGCGACCUGGACAUGUCGAAAAACUCCAACCUGAGCGCGAAGGCGGAAACUCCCAAGGCCCCGCACAUGUCGGAACGGGAGAAAAACAGGGCCGAGCUGGCGCGUUUGAGUGUAGAACUCGGCUUGAACCGACCGGAAAUGUUCCUGCCCGCGAUGAACAACCCCUCGAGCAGUCUGACGGACCUGGCCAACAUGGGACUGCUGGCCCAAUGGAACAACUUGCUAAUGCAACAGCAGAAAAAUCUGAUGAACAAGAAGGUAACGGCGCCCGCUGAUACCAGCACGAACAUCAUGGGGGCUAAUACGGGAGGUCUGUUGAAGACGGUGGACAGCCCCGACAAAAACAAGCCGCAGAUGAAGUUACCGGAAAAACAGCAAUCAGUACAAGAGUCUGUGUGGUAUUGGCUUAAAACGCAACAAGCCAUGUUGGGUUUGAACCAAAAUCAAGCCUCGUUGCCGUGCUCGAAUGGAAACGGGAUCUCGUCGACAUCGUCGGCCCCCAUCACCAGCAUGGCGAACAGUACUUCGCCCCUGAACGGCGUGUCCGCAGAUCAAAGUUCGUGGUUCUGGAAGUGGUACAAACAGCUCGCGUACGGUCAACAGAUGCCCGGCUCCAUGCCCGAUAAACCGAUUCUGUACCAACAACUGACGAGAGAUAAGGAUUUCCAGAACGCCGAGAACUUAUCGGUCGUCGUCGACGACAACAAAGCCAACAAAACUGCGAGCAGCAACAACAACAACAAAGCCCGCUCUGUCCUCGACAACUUGCUCUUCAACAACAACAACAACGUUGCGGUGAACAAGAAAGGCGAGGAGUUGAGUCAAAACGAGGCCGUGGAACAUGGCGAAAAAUUCCUCAACUGGCUGGAAACGUGCAGCGACCCGUCCGUGACCGCCAUGCAAAUUAUGCAAUUCCGGGGACUUUUGAACAACAUCAAGUCCGGAGCGGACAGGAAGAACGGAGACCUCCAAAACAAAGCCAAAGUUAAAAGAAAGUGAGACGAAGGGGUGUUGUUGAAUUAAACUUAUUAAUCGAAAGGCUGUUGAAAAGCUUCAAACCAAAUCUUAUAAUUAUAGUUUUAGUUGUAUGUUAUCUAUGUAGUUUAUGUACAAAGUUUAUACGGACAGAAUUUUCUAGACUGAUUUUUAGCCUAAUUAUAAUUUUACAUUAAAUCUUAAAAGUCCUGUCUGUAAAUCAAUGUUACCUAUCACACUUAGUAGAAUAUAUCGUGUACAUAUAAUUUUAGUCAUUUUAUAUAUAUUAUGUUUUGUUUAGCAAAAAGUUUUUAUAUCAUAGUGCCAAAUGUUUUGCAUUUCUGCUCAAAAGUGUACCUACUGUAUAUACGACUUUUUUAGAUAAGUAAAAUUCUCCUAUUAAAAAAGGAUCUCUAAAUGUUUUGCCAAAGUAUUGACAUGUUUAAUUUUUAAUGAUUUGCCAUUGUUAGCAAAUUAGUGCAUAUUCGUAUGAUCUCUUUCAGUUUUAGAGUUUUGUACUUAAGUGAUAUUAUUUUUAUUAUUUCGAAAUUUUGAACAAGGUGUUAUUUGUACAUUGUUGUAAAAAUACAUGAAUAUUUUUAUACGAAAUUAAUAAAUUUCUG